GUUUCUUUCUCCGUUUCUCUUUUCUCGCGACAUCAAGCAAAGAGAGAGCGUCUCUGCAGCCGAUCUGGAAGUGUUCCUUUCUGUCUUUGCGUCGCCAUUUCAGAGUCUGAUUGAUCGUAUGCUCUCAUCCAAAUAGUUUAUUGGUCGCCAUUUCAUUUUGCAUUCAUGUUUUUGGCACGAGUUUUUGGAAGGAGACUCUUUGCAACUGCAACAUCAGAAGCUUCUGCUGCUGGGGCUGCAGCUAGUAGUAGAGUUAGGACUGCACAUAACCCUCUUGAGGAGUUCUUUGAGAUUGAUAGAAACCCUGAGGAGGAGAAACCUGUUGUCUACGGGCGUAGCUGGAAGGCUUCAGAGCUACGUUUGAAGUCAUGGGAAGAUCUACAUAAGUUAUGGUAUGUCCUGCUGAAAGAAAAAAACAUGCUCAUGACUCAACGCCAGAUGCUUCAUGCUCAAAACUUGCGCUUUCCUAAUCCUGAACGCCUACCUAAGGUUAGGAAAUCGAUGUGCAGAAUCAAACAUGUGUUGACUGAGAGGGCAAUUGAAGAUCCGGAUCCUCGGAGGACUGCUGAGAUGAAACGAUUGAUUAAUGCUUUAUGAUCAUCUUCUUGUUUUUUUAGCAUCAUAAUCAUAAUAUAACCAAUAAACUGAAUUCGAGAGGUGAGUAUGAGACCUUUUCAUUUUAUGUUUGUAAUUGUAUGCACUAGAUUUGUAUGCAUCAUAUGUUUUCA